UUAGUGACGUAACAUAGUAUGAAUUAUUAACCUAUACGUUUCAAAUAAAAGGUAAUUUCGUAAUUGAGACAAAUUUCAAGACACCUUCGUUUUAUGUAAUAACAAGAGUUUUGCAGUAUUACUCUUCAGAUGAUAUUUAUCAAAAAUCUUUAAACAAACUCCGUCAAUUUUUAUGAUGACCCUUCGCCAGGUAUUAUUACUAGUGUUCCUUUUCCAAGGACUUUUUGCAAAUCGUUAUGAAGAUUCUUCUGACAAUGAAUUUGCCGAAUUUGAGGACUUUGACGUGGAAGACGAACUGCAACUGAAUGAUGAUCUUUCAGACACUCCUAGAGAACCCAUUAUAUCCCCAGAAAGUGAUGAAUUGGAGAGCGAUGAUCAAGAAAUAGUAAUAGAUGACGACGAUUCUGAAUUCGAACACUUCCAAGACGUGGAAGAGUUCGAAGGGUUUGAAGGCAAGGAUGAGAAUCCUCCCAUUGAACCGAAAAUAACCAUCGCAAAAGUGCCAUUGAAUUUCCGGCAGAAUUGGGAUAGUUACUAUCUGGAAAUCUUGAUGAUGUCAGGUCUCAUUGUAUAUUUCAUCAAUUUCGCCACGGGAAAGAGUAAAAAUGUUAAGAUCGCAAAUACAUGGUUCAACACUCAUAGACAACUAUUAGAAGACAACUUUUCUCUAGUCGGGGAUGAUGGAUCGUUAGAUAGAAAUGAAAAUGUUAGUUUGAUUAAAGAGAGUGAAAAUAUAUUCACUCUAUGGUGUAGCGGCAGAACUUGCUGCGAAGGAAUGCUUGUGGAGCUGAAGCUGAUAAAACGUCAAGAUCUUUUGGCAGUCUUGUCAGGAAUGAUGCGUCCAACAAUGGAUCAGAUUCUUAUAACAGUAAAAAUGAACAAAGAGGACAUGGAUAGCUUUGUUUUCUGUUUGGCUUCGAAAAAGACCUCUCAACAGUUGGUGAAAGAAAUGGCCGACCUGAGCGUUUACUGCCCUGAGCGAAAAUCAGGUGAAAAAUAUAAUAUUUCGUCAGGAUUCAAUGUGAUGAGUGAAAUCUCUGAGGCCGCUUUAGCAAUAUUGGAUUCCAAGAUUACAGCAGUACUGAAUAGAUAUCCCGAAUAUGUAGAUUAUAUCCAUUUUUCUGACCAGUAUUCCGGUCCCAAACAAACUGAGGAGAAUAAUAUAAAAUUGCCAGAGACUGAGAAGGUGCUUAAGUUUGGAUUCAAUAUUCCUGUGAAAGGAAUGUCCCUUGAAGAGGCUUGUACCAAGUUGAAUCCAGUGAUGAAUAUGGUGUUUUAUUGCAUAGAUAAAAUAAAACGAUUCAGAUUGUCUAAAGAAGCUAAAUCCAAAGCUGACAAGAAUCGACAACGAGUUGAAGAAGCUUUCUUGAAGUCCACGCAUCAGGCUAGGGCCGAAGCGGCUGCGGCUAAGCGAGAGGAGAAAAGACGUCAGGAGAAGGAGAAAAUUCUGGCUGAAGAAGAUCCAGAAAGGCAGAGACGGUGGGAAUUGAAGGAAGAGAGAAGGCUAGCCAAAAAAAGGGGGCCAAAAAUGAAGCAACUGAAAGUAAAAGCUUUGUAAUUGGAGGGUUUUUGUUUGAAAUUUGCUGUAGUAGUUUGGUUAUAGAAAGGAAAUUGAAAAGUUUGGAAUAUGUACACUGGUUAUUGUUUUGAUUGUAAGGGAGGUGAAAAAUGCAAGAAUAAAGUUGUAACUUCAAAAUA